GCCCGCAUGUACAACAUGAUGGAGACGGAGCUGAAGCCGCCGGGCCCGCAGCAAACUUCGGGGGGCGGCGGCGGCGGCGGCGGCGGCGGCAACUCCACCGCGGCGGCGGCGGGCGGCAACCAGAAGAACAGCCCGGACCGCGUCAAGCGCCCCAUGAACGCCUUCAUGGUGUGGUCCCGCGGACAGCGGCGCAAGAUGGCCCAGGAGAACCCCAAGAUGCACAACUCGGAGAUCAGCAAGCGCCUGGGCGCCGAGUGGAAACUUUUGUCGGAGACGGAGAAGCGGCCGUUCAUCGACGAGGCCAAGCGGCUGCGAGCGCUGCACAUGAAGGAGCACCCGGAUUAUAAAUACCGGCCCCGGCGGAAAACCAAGACGCUCAUGAAGAAGGAUAAGUACACGCUGCCCGGCGGGCUGCUGGCCCCGGGCGGCAACAGCAUGGCGAGCGGGGUCGGGGUGGGCGCCGGUCUCGGCGCGGGCGUGAACCAGCGCAUGGACAGCUACGCGCACAUGAACGGCUGGAGCAACGGCAGCUACAGCAUGAUGCAGGACCAGCUGGGCUACCCGCAGCACCCGGGCCUCAACGCACACGGCGCCGCGCAGAUGCAGCCCAUGCACCGCUACGACGUGAGCGCACUGCAGUACAACUCCAUGACCAGCUCGCAGACCUACAUGAACGGCUCGCCCACCUACAGCAUGUCCUACUCGCAGCAGGGCACCCCUGGCAUGGCGCUUGGCUCCAUGGGCUCGGUGGUCAAGUCCGAGGCCAGCUCCAGCCCCCCCGUGGUUACCUCUUCCUCCCACUCCAGGGCGCCCUGCCAGGCCGGGGACCUCCGGGACAUGAUCAGCAUGUACCUCCCCGGCGCCGAGGUGCCGGAGCCCGCCGCCCCCAGCAGACUUCACAUGUCCCAGCACUACCAGAGCGGCCCGGUGCCCGGCACGGCCAUUAACGGCACACUGCCCCUCUCGCACAUGUGA